CCGAAUGCCUCCUUCCCUCUCUGCAUCGUCAGAUGACAAACGCAGCUCAAGGCUCAAAACACGCUCAAGCUCUUCAACCCAGUAAACGUUUUUUUCUCGUUCGGUCUUCGAUUUGAUUUUUUUUAGCGAAAUUCCCAGAGCUAAAGAGAUGUCGAUCAUCCCUAGCAUCUUUGAUGGCCGACGAAGUAACACCUUCGAUCCCUUCUCUAUGGAUUUGUGGGAUCCAUUCCCAGACUUCACCUCCGCCACUGCUCUCAGCGCUCCUCAAUUCUCUGCUGAAACGGCAGCGUUCGCCAAUGCCCACAUCGAUUGGAAGGAGACCCCAGAAGCCCACGUCUUCAAAGCCGACCUUCCUGGGCUCAAGAAGGAAGAAGUGAAAGUCGAAUUGGMAGAAGGUAGAAUCCUACAGAUCAGUGGAGAGCGCAGCAGGGAACAUGAAGAGAAGAACGAUAAAUGGCAUCGGAUGGAGCGCAGCAGUGGCAAGUUCCUCCGCCGGUUCAGGUUGCCGGAGAAUGCCAGGGCGGAUCAGGUGAAGGCCGCUAUGGAGAAUGGGGUUCUUACYGUAACAGUCCCAAAGGUUGAGGUGAAAAAGCCGGAAGUCAAGGCCAUCGAAAUAUCUGGUUAGAGUAAAUAUUGUUGCCUGUCAUACUUGAAUGAAUACGUUGUGGAAUGAAAUGUAGGGAAUGGGCUGAGAUGGUGUCUUCUUCUUUUUCAGGCUUCAACUUGCAUAAACAAUAAUAAUGUCAAGUUGUAAUGUUGAAUGCGAUGCGAUGUAGUAUUGAAAAGUAAAUCCCUUGUAAAUGUUUCUUUGAUGAAAUAGUAAAUCUUUUUGUCUUGCUUCAGUAUUA